AUGUCGUUUUCGGUUCCUUUCAUGAAGCCUAUGGAAACCAUUCAGGAGAUUAGGAUACGUACCGAAAUCGGGAUACGGUUUGGAGGAAAUGAAAAUGAAACCAUCGUUUUCUCGAUGAAGUCAUUCCGCAACCUUGAGCAAUUCAUUAUUGAAACCUUGAAUGGAUUCAUACCGACCAACGACGACGACGCGAGAUCUAAAGGAAAUGGUGGUGUUGGUGGAGAAGGAGGAAAUCUUCGGCUCGAUUACACCGCAGCCGAAUAUAUGGUCAUUGUUCCCUGA